AUGCGGACAGCUCUCAGCUCAGUGCUGCGACGACAGGUCAUCAAGCAUGGGCAAAAGAGUCUGCCCACUUACCCUCGGUUCUUGGGCGCGACAUCCGUGUUAUGUCGCAGUAAGUCGGACGUAUCCAGCAACCUGGAGAAGAAUGACGACGCCUCCCUUGACCUAAACCAUUUAAUCACCGCCAAUCGUUGGUCGAGCGAGGAGCUUAAAGCAAUCACGCCCACGCACCGUCAACCUGAGGAUUGGGUUGAUUGGGCAUCUUACAUGACGGUUAGGGGCAUGAGGUCAGGUUUUGACCUCUUCUCCGGUUACAAGUUCCGGACGGUCCUCGGCACCAUGCAUGAGAGGGAUUGGAUUCGCCGUGUGAUCUUCUUGGAGACAGUGGCUGGAGUGCCAGGCAUGGUAGCUGGCAUGGUUCGCCAUCUGCACUCCUUGCGCUUAAUGCGCCGAGAUCAUGGUUGGAUUCAUUCUUUGCUUGCCGAAGCAGAGAACGAGCGCAUGCAUCUUCUGAUUGCGCUGAAUUUGCGACGUCCUGGUCCCGUCUUCAGGGCAGCUGUCAUUGCGGGACAGGGAGUGUUUCUAACAUGGUACAGUCUGAUGUACCUCAUAUGCCCGCGAUACUGUCAUCGGUUCGUCGGAUAUCUGGAAGAGGAGGCUGUCAUCACUUACUCCAAGCUUAUCGCGGCCAUCGAUGCUGGUCAGCUGCCGAUGUUUUCCAACAUGAAGGCUCCGCUCUUCGCCCGGCAGUACUACAACCUCCCAAAGGAGGCGAUGGUCCGUGAUGUCUUUGAGCAAAUUCGUGCCGAUGAAGCGUGCCAUCGCGACACCAACCAUUUCUUUUCAGAUCUAAAGCCGGACCAGCCGAAUACAAAAGUUGAUCAUCUGCGGAAGGGCCAUUUUCAGAAUCAAAACGUUCAUUCCGGUGUGUUGAAACUCCAAAGGGAAGCUCAAAGCAAGGUGUUGCAUGAAACCUUCCAGAGCUUGGACCACGACCAUGAUGGCUUCAUCAGCACCGAUGACCUCCGGUGGGCUUUCCAACAGCAUGAUACGCCUUUCUCAGAGGAAGAUCUGAAUGAGAUGGUCAGGAAGGCAGAUAGGAAUGGCGAUGGCAAGAUCGAUUACCAAGAGUUUGCCAAGGUCAUGAAAGAGGGAGACUUUCACUGA